AUGAGCGAUGAUGUUUUCGUUGUUGUUAAAUAUGAUUACAAUGCACAAGAGGAAGGCGAACUUACCAUUAAAAAGAACGAAAGACUGAAACUGAUCGAUGAUACCAAAAAUUGGUGGAAAAAUCUAUUUAUUUACUGGUGGAAUGUUUUAUCACUUGACACAAAAACUUUUGGUAAAAAUGGUUUAUAUGGUUUGCAGUCGGGUAAAUUGCGGGUUGUGAAUGAAGAAGGCGUAAUUGGUUUUGUUCCAUCGAAUUAUGUUCGCAAAGAAUCUUUUGUAGAAAAAGCAAAAGGAACAAUUAAGGGAUUUGGCAAGACGAGAUUGAAAAGCAAAACAGCUGAUUUCAAUCAAGUAGCUUCAUCCUCAGAGCUUAUUAUUAAUCGUCCAGCAUUAGCCGCUGUUUCUGGAAAUAGUAGUUUCGAAAAUGGUUUCAGCAGAUCAGUUAAAGUCGGUGGAGUGAUGUCACAAGCCGUUGCAAAAUAUUCCUAUGAGCCACAACGAGAAGAUGAAUUGAGGUUAUGCAAAGGUGAUGUUGUUACCGUUCUUGAGAAAAGCUCCGACGGUUGGUGGAAAGGAAAGUGCCGAGAACAAAUGGGAUGGUUUCCUUCAAAUUAUAUUGACGAAUCUCCUUCAAAUACUUUUUCGACUCCAAAAAGUAAUGUCGAAAUGGGGAAUGGUUUCAACAAGCUCCACAAUGGACACAUCAUAUUGCCUUUGCAAAGGGUGAUUGAAGUAGUCGUUGCAUUGUAUUCAUUCGAAGCCCAAAAUGCAGAAGAAUUAUCAUUCUACAAAGGGGAGCGCUUGGAAAUCAUUGAUCAUCCAGCGCAUGAUCCGGAAUGGUGGAAAGCUCGAAACGAAAAGGGCUGUACAGGGCUUGUGCCAACAAAUUAUAUUGAGGUAGUGGAUUCGAAUCCGGAUCCAAAUGCAAAUCAUUUUGUUUCAUCCACAUCAGAGCGGAGAUUGAAAGCAUCAUCCAGUAAUAAUGGAAUUACUCCAACAAUUAGAAAUGGCAGCAGUUCUCGACUUACUGGUCCUUAUGCAAAUCAGCCGUGGUAUUAUGGAAGAUUGACACGUGACGAAACUGAUGCCUUACUGAAUGCUCGUGGUGUCGAUGGUGACUACUUGGUCAGAGACAGCGAAAGCAAUGUCGCAACAAACAUUUCUGGGUACAAGUGGAUGUAG